GGGCGCCGCGCUCCCCCGGCUCCCGGGCGGGGACGCUGGCCUUCCCGAGGCGCGAGCUCCGGGCUCGCGGGGCGGCGGGCCGGCGUCGCGGCGGCGCCUCCGAAGCCGUGCUGCGCGGGCAGCGAGCCGGCGGGCAGGGCUGCGCGGCCCUCGGGGCUCCGGGAGCUGUCUCCCCUCGGCGCCCGGCGCGCCGCCCUCGGGCCCCUGGCCUUCCGCCGAGCGCUCGUGUUCGCCCCUCACCUUCCCCACCUGCCAGAGCGACUCGAGGGGUCGUCUCGUCCUUUUCUCCCACAGUGUCGCAGCCCUGAGUCCAGGCUUCCCUGAGCCUCUGGGAACCCGGGACGUCCCUGCCCUCAGUCCCCCGGGGCCGGGCUUGCCGAGUUCACUUAACUGAACUCUCACCUCCGCCGAUCCUCGGGACUGCAGUUAAAAUUCAUAGGAAGAAGUCAAGUGCGACACCCAGACGCCCUCGUGUCAAACAGGGCAAUGGUAUUAAAACCUGAAUAAAACAAGUAACCCAGCUUAAAGAUCAGAAAACAAGGGAAAUACAUGGAAACUUUUAACAAGGUCCGAGGGGCUGCAGGCGUGACUGAUGGGAACGAAGUGGCCAAGGCUCAGCAGGCAGCUCCCCGGGGAGCAGCCCCCACCAUCUUCUCUCGGAUCCUGGAUGGAAGCCUCCCAGCUGACAUUCUGUAUGAGGACCAGCAGUGUCUCGUAUUCCGUGACGUGGCCCCUCAGGCUCCUGUGCACUUCCUGGUCAUUCCUAAGAAGCCCAUUCCUCGGAUUAGCCAGGCUGAAGAAGGAGACCAGCAGCUUCUAGGACACCUUCUCCUUGUGGCCAAGGAGACAGCAAAGGCUGAGGGGCUGGGAGAUGGAUACCGACUUGUGAUCAACGAUGGGAAGCUGGGUGCACAGUCUGUCUAUCACCUGCACAUUCACGUGCUUGGGGGCCGACAGCUCCAGUGGCCUCCAGGUUGAAGCUACCAACUGACAAAGGACCACAGACCCGGAUGCAUGGAUGGGAUGGGAAAAAAGGUAUCCUAUGAUGCUAAUAAACUUGCUCUCUCUCAA